AUGACACGUCCGUGGAUUUUGGUGAUAAUACUCCUUUCUUUAACGUUAUCAAUUGCUGACGCCGGAAUUGUGGAAACUUCAUUUCAUGUAAAAAGUCUAAGGGUAAAUCGGCUGUGCAAGAGACAAGUAAUAACGGCAGUCAACGGAAGCCUUCCAGGACCAACAUUGAAAGUCAAAGAGGGAGAUACCGUUGUUGUUCAUGUCUUCAACAAGUCUCCUUACAACCUCACCAUUCACUGGCAUGGGGUGUUCCAAAGACAAACACCAUGGGCCGAUGGGCCUCACUACAUCACUCAAUGCCCGAUCAUGCCCGGAAAUAGCUACACUUAUAAAUUCCACAUCACCGGGCAAGAGGGAACCCUUUGGUGGCAUGCUCAUGUUCGAUGGCUCCGUGCAACUGUCUAUGGUGCCCUUCUCAUCCGCCCAACAUCUGGUCACAAGUACCCUUUCCCCAAGCCCUUCCGAGAACACACAAUCCUUCUGGGAGAAUGGUGGAAUGCUAACCCUAUGGAUGUCGAGGAUGCUGCCUUAGCCGCAGGGGUGGCACCUAAUAUUUCCGAGGCCUAUACCAUCAACGGAUGGCCCGGGGAUUUAUAUUCUUGCCCUUCCAAAAAAACAUACAAGUUAGAAGUUGUACAAGGAAAGACUUAUUUGUUGCGAAUAAUCAACGCUGCACUCACCGCACAGUUUUUUUUCAAGAUCGCCAACCACAACAUGACUGUCGUUGCGGUGGACGCAGCCUACACGGCCCCCUACAGCACAGAUGUCAUUCUUAUUGCUCCGGGUCAGACAACAGAUGUCUUAUUGACCACGGACAUAUCUCCAGGUUCCUACUACAUGGCUGCGCGUCCCUACUUAAGUGCAGUAGGUGUAGUCCAAGUUAACAACAGCACCACCACCGCAAUCCUUUCGUAUAAAAACAUUAGUAAAUCAUCACCACCACUCCUCCCUGCCCUGCCAGCCUUGAACGACACCCCGACUGCCUAUACGUUUUCAAGUAAUCUAACAGCACUUACCACGAGCUGGAUUUGGUCGCCUGUACCACUUAAAGUGGAUGAAAACAUGUUUAUUACCAUCAGUCUUGGGUUAUCACCUUGUAGACCAAACCAAAUAUGUGUUGGACCUUUUGUUGGGCAACAAAUGUCGGCCAGCAUGAACAACCACUCGUUCGUUUUACCAUCCACAACGUCGAUCUUACAAGCUCAUUUCCACGAAAUUAGUGGGAUAUAUACUCCGGAUUUCCCUAACCAACCUCCCCUGAUAUUUGACUACACCAAUGCCAGCAAUAGUUUCAAUCCAUCACUACUUAUAACACCCAAAUCGACGAGCAUUAAGAGGGUAAAGUUUAAUUCAACGGUGCAGAUUGUGUUUCAGAACACAGCAUUAAUCGGGGUUGAAGAGCAUCCGAUGCACUUGCAUGGACAUAACUUUUAUGUUUUGGCUCAAGGAUUUGGAAAUUAUGAUGCGGUUAAUGACCCGAAAAAGUUCAACCUUGUGAACCCACAAGAACGUAACACUAUUGGCGUGCCUGUUGGUGGUUGGGCCGUCAUCAGAUUCCGAGCAAAUAAUCCAGGUGCAUGGAUGAUCCAUUGUCAUCUAGACGUACAUUUGUCAUGGGGUUUUGCCACAACUCUCAUAGUCGAAAACGGAGGGACACCAGAAACAAUGGUGCCGCCACCACCAGCAGAUUUACCCAAGUGCUAG